UAUAAUACCGGCUUCAAAAAUACUUCGCCUGGAAGUUUUGUGCUAGAAAACGAUUCUAUACUAGAAAUGCAAAGCGAAUCUGUUCUGAAUAAACCUUCGUCUAGUAAAUUUGUAGCAAAUAAACUUGUGGAUGAUGAGCUCAUAGAAGAUGAAUUAGUGGGUACUGAAGUUGCAGAAUGCGAAUAUAUGGACGAUGAAUUUGCAGAAGACGAACCUCUAGAAAUUUCAGAAAACGAUUCUAUACUAGAAAUGCAAGGCAAAUCUGUUCUGAAUAAACCUUUGUCUAGUGAAUUUGUAGCAAAUAAACUUGUGGAUGAUGAGCUCAUAGAAGAUGAAUUAGUGAGUACCGAAGUUGCAGAAUGCGAAUAUAUGAAUGAUAAAUUUGUAGAAAACAAACCUCUAGAAAUUUUAACACAGGCUUUUUUAAGCAAUGAGACUCAGGAAAGUUACGAAUGGGUUCUGCAACAAACUUUAGAUGCGACUAGUGCUGAACCACGAGUUAUAAUGAUUGAUAUGGAUCCUGCAAUGGAUAUUCAUAAACAAAUGUGCAAGUCAGUUCUUUAUAAGUGUGAAAAAUUAGAUAUUGAUUAUGCCUAUAAAUUUGAUGAGUCAGAUCAAAAUGAAUUCACUGAAAUAAAUUGUAAUCAAUCGCCAUUUAUUAGUACUUCUUCUCAAGAAUGUCAACAUAAUCAUGUGCAGAGUCUUAUUCCUAGUCAUCAUUAUAACGUUCAAGAAGUUCAAGUUCGAUACCAUCUACAAAAAAAAAUGGAUUAUGGUCGUAUCCUGGGUCAUUUUAAGAAAGCAUUAAAUUAUUCAUUAGAGGACGAUGAUCAGAAUAACUUGGAUGGGCUUAUUUUAUCUUACAUCGCUAAAAAAGAAGCAAUGCGGGGCAAUAAAGAUCGGUCAGCACCUAUUGAAACUCAAGAUUCUAGUUGUAUAAAAUUGUCUGAUGGGUGCGUUUAUCAUGUUGAUAAUAUUAAAGAUCCAGCAAUAUGCAGAGGUAAAGGUAGACCUCCCAGCAAACGAUUAAAAGCCUUUAAUAAAGAAACGUGUAAAGCAAGCAGUAGUAAAACACAACAGGCAUCUUUUGAAGAUGUUGAAGGCGAAAAUACUGAAACCGGUGCAA